GUAUAGCAAGUCAGAUGCUUUAUUAACUCUCACAAUUGCGCAGAGGGAGAGAGCUAAGCAGGUCUUUCAACAGGUAAACAAUUACAGCAAGCAUUUAUACUUUUUGUUACAGACAAUAAUGAGCAACAGUUGCAUUUUGUUUAUACAUAGGCCAUCUUGAUAUUUUAUUUUUUUACUUGUUUUGACUUUUGCCAACAUACAAUAUUUUCUAUACCUUAUUUACACAAAGUCUUUUACACUUUAUUUAUACCAAGUCAUAAUGACUUUUUACACAGUUCUUUUUUACUCGCCUCACACAAUUUUCGCUUCUACAAAUCUCGCGUUAUUAAAGUUACAGUUAGCCUGACUUUUGCUAACAAACUGUCCUGUAUUGCAUCCCCUUCUUGUCAGUUCUUUCUUUGCUUCCACAGUGGCAUAGAAGAGGCGAGCCUUUCCAUGACCCUUGUGCAUAAGCAGCGACAGCAAAUCCAGGAGCUGUGCACCAGCUUUGCACCAAUGUUUUCAGUCAUCCAGGACGGACAGAACGGGUGUACCACUCCAUUGACACAGGUGAUGCUUGCCCAAUUAGAGCCCAACCCUACCGGAUGGCUCCUCAAGCCAAAACCACAAUAGAAAGGGAGAUCAAGGACAUGUACAGACAUGUUACAGUGCAUGGGCCUCUUCAGAGAUUCUGAUUCCCAAACCAGAUGGGGAAAUCCACUUUUGCAUGGACUACCAUAAGCUAAAUGCUGUAACUUGCCCAGAGAACUAUCCAAUGCCACACACAGAUGAGCUAUUGGAAAAACUGGGAUGUGCCCCAUUCAUCUCCACCUUAGACUUAACUAAGGGGUACUGGCAAGUGCUGCUAGAUGACCCAGCCAAGGAAAGGUCAGCCUUCAUCACCCAUGUAGGGCUGUAUGAAUUUAGUGUGCUCCCUUUCGAACUGUGAAAUGCACCCGCCACCUUCCAGAGACUGGUAGAGAACCUUCUGGCUGGAUCUGGGGAAUUUUCAGUCUUGACGAUGUGGCCAUAUUCUCAGAUUCAUGGGCAGAACACCUGGAACACCUCCAAGCUAUCUUCCAGUGCAUAAGGGAGGCAGGAUUAACGGUUAAGGCCAAAAAAUGUCAAAUAGGCCUAAACAGGGUAACGUACCUUGUACACCAGGUGGGUCAAGGAACUAUCAAUCCCCUACAGGCUAAAGUAAAUGGUAUCCAAAAUUGGCCUGUCCCUAAGUCAAAGAAGCAGGUCCAAUCCUUCUUAGGCUUGGCCGGGUAUUACAGAUGAUUUGUACCACACUACAGCCAAAUUGCCACCCCACUGACCGACCUAACCAGGAAAAAAACACCCAAAUGCAGUGCAGAGGACUGAGAAGUGUCAGAAAGCCUUUAACCAGGUUAAGGCAGCCCUUAUGUCUGACAUUGUACUAAGGGCUCCAGACUUCGACCAACCUUUCGUCGUAACCACAGAUGUGUCUGAACAUGGUGUAGGAGCAGUAUUAAUGCAGAAAGACCAGAACAAUAAUUCCAUCCUGUCGUGUUUCUCAGCAAAAAACUUUCUGAGAGGGAAAGCCACUGGUCAGUCUCAGGAAAAAAAACCUUUAAGCUGGUCCUCAAGAAGCUUAUUAUUGAUGCCUUGUAAUUUUUUUUUUUAAUUUAGCAAAAAGCCUAAGUUCCCAGCUGUAUUUUCUUCUUUUGUUAUUAAUAAAAUUUACUUUUUUAAAGAACAGAAUUGGAGUUUUGUGUCUUAAGAGGUUUGUGCGCCUGUUUAAUUAGCUGGUGACAAUAGCUGAAUUCUUUUUUUUUCUUUUUCUUUCUCAGCUCUUCCCCGGAGGGGAGGUGAAAGGGCUUGAGGGUAGCCCCCAGGAAGGAAUUCCCAAGUGAGCCUUCAUAGUCUCAAAGGGUUUCUGCACUUGUGUAGUGGCAGCAUCUACCAAUCCAAGGUCAGAGAAAAGCUGUAACCUUGGGAGUUUAAUACAAGCCUGGAGUGGCAAGUAUUAAUUUUUAGAGUCCUUGCAGGCCCCCCACCUUCUGCACUCAGUUUCAGAGUGGGAAAUCAGCCUUGAGUGUGAGAAGAUGCUCUUCCCAUUCUUAGUUAGGUGGACCCCAUUGCUUGCCAGCAAUCCUCAUUGUCAUAACAGCAUCCCUGGUCAAGGAAGCCAAAGCCCUCCUGCUGACACCAUCUCUGCAGCCAUGCAUUCAUCUCCAGGAUGUUGAGUGAGCAAGAGAACAGUUCCAAACUGAGACAAAGCAAAUGCGUCUCAAGGACAGGUAAGAAAUGAAACCACCCAUUUUUGUUUGUGAGAUUCAUGAGAUUGAUUGAUUUUUGUUGCCACUGUUUGUGCUCUGGGAUUUUAAAAGCAACUAGCUUGUAGUCAGAUGGUAGAAGAACCUCUGAAGAGGUGGAGUUCCAUGUCAGAUUGCCUGAAUCAGGUUGUAGACUGAGCUGGAUCCUUUCCCAGUUUUUUUGUUUGUGUUCAACCCCCACCCCCCAAACUUACUUUUAACAUAUGCAUCAUAAUCUUCAAAUAUAAAUCCUUGAGGGGGGGAAGAGGAGGUAAAUGUGCUCAGUGAAAUAAUUGUUUAGGUUUUUGUGGACCAUAUCCCCCACUGCACUAGUCUACAAGCAUAUCAUACUAUAUUUCUAAACACCAUAAGGGUAUGGUAAAUGGCACUUUACAAACUCUGAAAACAUCCCUAGCCUGAGCAGCUAGCAGUCUAGUUCAGACAAAUGUACACUGGAUGACAUAACAAAUUCAAGAUGAUGUUGGGACAUCAGUUGAGAUUAGUGUUUACAAAAAAUUGGAUUUGAAUGAGAAGGAUGACGCUUAGGGUUGAAAUCCUGGCCUCACUGGAAUUCAGUGGAAGUCUGACAUUGACUUCAAUGGAGCCUCUGUGUGAGGCAAGGGAAGGCUGUUCUAAGAGUAGGUGAUAGCAUAAAAGUGAGACAGGACUGGAGGAGUAUUGAGAGCAAAGGAGAUCAGAAAAUAUAUAUAGGUAGGACAAAGUUGUGGAGAACCUAGAAGAUGAGGACAAAUUGGAAAAAGAUGGGAACCAUGUAAAGGGACUUGAAGGGGGGGGGAUAGUGAAGUUGGAGAUGAUUUUAGAAGCAACAUUUUUGAUAAACUACAGAAGGGUGAAGUAAAACACGCAGAAGGCAAAAAAUCAAUAACUUUCUGCAUAGCAUCACCAAGUCCUCCAGCUACUUAGAUGCAGACAAACAAUGGAACACUUUGAAUUGUGAAAAGAGCUAAUUAUGUCUGGGACAUGUUUGAAACUCCAUAAAGCUCAGGAGGUUAACACAAGAGAGAGGAUACACUAAUGGAGCUACUUCUGUGGAUAAAAUCUUGUGGGUGUUUCAAGAAUCAUGACCUGGCACUGACGCUCUUCAGCACUGGGAGCUGGUUAUCUUGCCUUUGUUUGUGAACCCUUAGGUGCACCUCACUUCUCAGCUGGCCACUGCUAGCUGAAAGCUCAGAAAUAACAAUUGCUUUUGCUCUUAAAUUGAGUUCAAGCUCAUUUAAAUGUAUUCAGAAUGAGGAGCAUCUCCCUUGUGAAUUUAGAUUGCUGAGCUGAACACGACCACUGCAGCUUUCUUUUCUAGUUAUUUUUUUAAAAAAGUAAUCAGGUCUGUAUUUAUACAUGCUCAGAUGCGCUAUCCUGGGGGUUGCACAAGUUGACUGGCUGUAUUCAGUCCUGUAGUACCAGCUGCGCUUGAGACAAGAUUGCAGCUGCCGUCUGUGCUGCAGGGACUCCUCUAGCCCCAGACACCAGGGGAGAGACGUAGGGUGGACGAACCCGUUCGUUAAAAUAACGUCUGACAAUCCCCCAACGGCACAGUGGUGAGGCUCAGUCUCCUCCUGGGGCAGGCGGCGUCUCAGCCCGCCUGCUGCCAGCGCACACAUACAACUUGUAUCUGAAGAAGUGGGCUGUAGCCCACGAAAGCUUAUGCUCUAAUACAUUUGUUAGUCUCUAAGGUGCCACAAGUACUCCUGUUCUUUUUGCGGUUACAGACUAACACGGCUGCUACUCUGAAACACACAACUUGCUUAUCUUACUAGCCUCGCAGCAGCCAGACGAGACGGUUCCUGGGGCCGGGAACAUUUCGCAGCCGGGCGAAUCCCGCCGCUGUGCUCAGGGACCAGCGCCCGGAGGGUGCAGCCCUAGGCCAGCCUUGGCGCUGGAGCAGACCCCCGAGGGGGGUUUUUCAGCCGAGGGAUGCUGAGGCGGAGUCUGUUGAAGGGGGAAUUACUUGGCGGCGAAGGGGAGGCUGCUGGGAUCCCGCUGUCCCCGCGGGGGUUCGAACCCCGCCCCCCUGGCUCCGAGUCCGGUGUAAACACCAGCGCUAACGGCUAGGCCGGGCGCCCCUCCUGUGCCCAGGGCUAAGGCGACGGGAGGGCUCACGUGACCGGCUCCGAGGAGGGGGGGACAAGGAGGAGGUAAGAUGGCUGCCGCCUCCGCCGCUGCCGGGUGCAGGUGAAGAGCCCUUGGCGCUGCCCCCGCCCGCGGAUCGGAGCCAGCCGCCGCCUCGGCAGAAUCUCCCGGGCCCGGAGAGGCCGCCCGCCCGCGGGGGCCGAGUCCCGCCGGCUAAGGGGUAUAUACUGUUAUAGAAAUACUUGAAGUACUAUCUAAAAAUGGCAAGUCUCAUGACUCAGAGUCUUGUGACCUAUGUAGAAGAGGAAAAUGUUCCUGCUCUAAAAGCACUUCUUGAGAAGUGCAAAGAUGUGGAUGAAAGAAAUGAGAAUGGUCAGACUCCAUUGAUGUUGGCUGCUGAGCAAGGCAAUUUAGAAAUUGUCCAAGAAUUGCUCAGGAAAGGAGCUAACUGCAACCUGGAAGAUGCAGAUAACUGGACAGCUCUUAUUUCAGCAGCUAAAGAAGGUUAUGUUGACAUUGUAGCAGAGCUACUUAACUGUAAUGUAAAUUUGGAGCACCGGGAUAUGGGAGGGUGGACAGCCCUAAUGUGGGCAUCAUAUAAAGGUUGUACUAAAGUAGCUGAGCUGCUUCUUGAGAAAGGAGCAAACCCAAACGUCACUGGGCAGCAAUAUAGCAUUUAUCCAAUCAUUUGGGCAGCAGGACGUGGCCACUCAGGUAUCGUACAUCUCUUACUGCAACAUGGAGCUAAAGUCAACUGCUCUGAUAAAUAUGGAACCACAGCAUUGAUUUGGGCUGCUAGGAAGGGUCAUUUGGAAUGUGUGAAAUACUUGCUGCAGAUGGGCGCUGAUGUUGAUCAAGAAGGGGCUAACUCUAUGACUGCACUUAUUGUAGCAGUAAAAGGUGGUUACACUGACUCAGUAAAGGAAAUUCUGAAAAGGAACCCAAAUGUAAAUUUAACAGAUAAAGAUGGAAAUACAGCGCUGAUGAUUGCAUCAAAGGAAGGGCAUACUGAAAUUGUGCAGGAUCUACUUGAUGCAGGAACUUAUGUGAACAUUCCUGAUAGGAGUGGAGACACUGUGUUGAUAGGGGCUGUUAGAGGAGGUCAUGUUGAAAUUGUGAGGGCCCUGCUACAUAAAUAUGCUGACAUAGACAUUAGAGGUCAGGAUAGCAAAACUGCUUUAUAUUGGGCUGUUGAAAAAGGAAAUGCUACAAUGGUGAGAGAUAUCUUGCAAUGCAAUCCUGACACUGAAAUGUGUACAAAGGAUGGAGAAACACCUCUUAUAAAAGCAACCAAGAUGAGAAAUAUUGAUAUAGUAGAGCUUCUGCUGGAUAAAGGAGCUAAGGUUUCUGCUAUUGACAAGAAAGGAGAUACUCCACUUCAUAUUGCCAUUCGUGGAAGAAGCCGUAAACUUGCAGAACUGCUUUUAAGAAAUCCAAAAGAUGGCAGACUGCUUUAUAGACCCAACAAAGCAGGAGAGACACCUUAUAACAUUGACUGUAACCACCAGAAAAGUAUUUUAACUCAGAUAUUUGGUGCCAGGCAUUUGUCUCCUACUGAAACUGAUGGAGACAUGCUGGGUUAUGAUCUCUAUAGCAGUGCCUUGGCUGAUAUUCUCAGUGAGCCAACCAUGCAGCCACCUAUCUGUGUAGGGCUGUAUGCCCAAUGGGGAAGUGGGAAAUCUUUUUUGCUCAAAAAACUGGAAGAUGAAAUGAAAACUUUUGCAGGACAGCAGAUUGAACCUCUGUUCCAGUUCUCUUGGCUUAUUGUAUUCCUUACGCUCUUGCUGUGUGGAGGGCUGGGUUUAUUGCUUGCUUUCACAGUGGACACAAUGCUCGGAAUAGCUGUGGCACUGAGCUUAUUAGCAGUUCUAUACAUAUGCUUUACUGUGAUUUACUUUGGUGGCCGAAGAGAAGGAGAAAGCUGGAACUGGGCCUGGGUAUUAAGUACAAGGUUGGCAAGACAUAUGGGAUACUUGGAGCUGCUUCUCAAACUGAUGUUUGUGAACCCACCAGAAUUACCAGAGCAAACCACUAAAGCUUUACCUGUCAGAUUUCUAUUUACUGAUUACAAUAGACUGUCCAGUGUAGGUGGUGAAACGUCAAUGGCUGAGAUGAUUGCUACCCUUUCUGAUGCAUGUGAAAGGGAGUUUGGUUUCUUAGCAACAAGACUUUUUCGAGUGUUCAAGACAGAAGAUACACAAGGUAAAAAGAAGUGGAAGAAAACCUGCUGUCUCCCAUCCUUUGUUAUCUUCCUCUUCAUACUUGGUUGCAUUAUUGCUGGGAUCACACUGCUGGUCAUUUUUAAUGUAGAUCCAAAGAACAUGACGGUGAAUGCUAUUCUGAUAUCAGUUGCAUGUGUUGUUGGUUUGGCCUUUAUCUUGAACUGUCGUACAUGGUGGCAAGUGUUGGACUCAGUCUUAAAUUCCCAGAGAAAACGUCUUCAUAAUGCUGCUUCCAAACUCCACAAACUGAAAAGUGAAGGGUUCAUGAAGGUUCUGAAGUGUGAAGUGGAACUGAUGGCCAAAAUGGCAAAAACUAUUGAUAGCUUCACUCAGAAUCAGACAAGACUUGUAGUAAUUAUUGAUGGAUUAGAUGCUUGUGAACAAGACAAAGUUCUACAGAUGCUUGACACAGUACGAAUCCUGUUUUCAAAAGGCCCAUUUAUUGCCAUUUUUGCAAGUGACCCACAUAUUAUCAUAAAGGCAAUUAACCAGAACCUCAAUAGUGUGUUACGCGAUUCGAACAUAAAUGGACAUGAUUACAUGAGAAAUAUAGUCCAUUUGCCUGUCUUUCUUAAUAGUCGUGGGCUCAGUAGUGCAAAAAAGCUGAUGGUAGCUUCAACUACCAAUGGAGAUAUUCCAUAUACAGAUACUUCAGGAAUACAUGAAGAAGUUGACAGAAGAGUUUCUCAGAAUAGCCUUGGAGAGAUGACCAAACUUGGCAGCAAAACUGCUCUUAAUAGACGGGAUACUUACCGAAGACGACAGAUGCAGCGGACUAUUACACGCCAGAUGUCUUUUGAUCUGACCAAGCUUCUGGUUACAGAGGACUGGUUCAGUGAUAUCAGUCCUCAGACCAUGAGAAGAUUACUCAAUAUUGUUUCUGUGACAGGACGUUUAUUGAGAGCUAAUCAGAUCACUUUCAAUUGGGAUAGACUAGCUAGCUGGAUUAACCUUACAGAGCAGUGGCCAUACAGGACAUCCUGGAUCAUAUUGCAUCUGGAAGAGACUGAAGGUGUUCCAGAUCAGCUUACUUUAAAAACCAUCUACGAGAGAAUUUCAAAGAAUAUUCCAACAACUAAAGAUGUUGAACCUCUGCUUGAAAUUGAUGGGGACAUACGGAAUUUUGAAGUAUUUUUAUCUUCACGGACACCAGUUCUUAUAGCACGUGAUGUAAAAAUCUUUUUGCCGUGUACUGUAAACUUAGAUCCAAAGCUACGAGAAAUCAUUGCAGAUGUUCGUGCUGCAAGAGAUCAAAUGAAUAUUGGAGGAUUAUCAUAUCCCACAAUGCCCUUACCUGAGGCACCAGCCAGAGCAUCAUCAGUGUUCAGUCAGCCUUCAUCAAUCUGCUCUUCAUCCUCCUUCAAUGGGCCUUUCAAUGGUGGAGUUGUAUCGCCACAACCUCAUAGCAGCUACUACAGUGGCAUGACGGGACCUCAGCAUCCAUUCUAUAAUCGACCAUUCUUUGCCCCAUAUAUGUACAUGCCAGGGUACUACCCUGGCAGUUCUCAUCACAUCUCACGUCCAUCACUAAAAACGGGUUUGUCCAGAGAUCAGAACAAUGGCCUAGAUAUUAUCAAGGAGGAUGCCGAUGAGGGGCUUUCUUCACCCACAGACCCCUCAAUGCUGUGUAAAUCUGGGUUAAACAAACAGAAACAGGGAACAGGAACAGUCACAGGAUCAGCCACUGGAGGAUCACAUGUGCCUUUGAGCUCAAUGAAUGUGGAAGCCGUAUGUGAGAAGCUGAAGCAGACAGAAGGGUUGGACCAGAGUAUGCUACCUCAAUACUCGGCAACUAUAAGAAAGGCAAACAUAAACGGCCGUGUCUUGGCUCAAUGUAACAUCGAUGAACUGAAGCGAGAGAUGAACAUGAAUUUUGGUGACUGGCACCUGUUCAGAAGCACAGUACUCGAAAUGAGAAAUACAGAAAAUCAGGUUGUUCAUGAAGAUUCUCGUGCAGUGAGUGAACAUGUUACCAAUGUGAUUCCUCACAAUGAGCUUGCACAUCGUCCUGUGCAUAAUAGUGAAUUGCCUCACACUGAGCUUACAGGAAUUUCUGCUCAGGUUCCCUACGCUCUCAACUUCAGCUUUGAAGAACUGAACACAAUUGGUCUCGAUGAAGCUCCUCCACAUCACAGUAAUUUGAGCUGGCAGUCACAAACUCGCAGAACCCCAAGUCUUUCAAGUCUCAAUUCUCAAGAUUCUACUGUAGAAAUCUCAAAGCUUACUGAUAAGGUGCAGGCAGAAUACAGAGAUGCAUAUAGAGAAUAUAUUGCUCAAAUGUCACAGCUAGAAGGAGGUGCAAGUUCUACCACUGUAAGUGGCAGAUCUUCCCCACAUAGCACAUCAGCUUUCUAUAUGGGGCAGAGCACAUCAGGGGGCUCCCUCCAUUCCAGUAUAGAACAAGAAAAAGGAAAGGAUGGUGAACAGAAACAAGAUGAUGGACGAAAGUCCUUUCUGAUGAAGAGGGGUGAUGUUGUAGAUUACAGUACUUCAGGUGUUUCCACUAAUGAUGCAUCUCCUUUGGACCCUAUCACUGAAGAAGAUGAAAAAUCUGAUCAGUCUGGUUCCAAGCUUCUUCCAGGAAAGAAAUCUUCAGAAAGAACAAGCAUUUUCCAGGCAGCAGAUUUAAAACUAAAAGGAGUUACUUUACGCUAUCAGAAACUGCCAAGUGAUGAAGAUGAGUCCGGAACAGAAGAAUCAGAUAACACUCCACUUCUCAAGGAAGGAAAGGACAAGAAAAUUGAUGGAAAAGUGGACAAGCAACCAAAAUCCCCAGAACAUGGAUCUGAGCCUAUUAGAACCUUCAUCAAAGCAAAGGAGUACUUGACAGAUGCCCUUUUAGACAAAAAGGAUUCCUCUGACUCUGGUGUGAGGUCCAGUGAAAGUUCUCCAAACCACUCCCUCCACAAUGAUGGAGCGGAUGAUUCACAGCUUGAAAAAGCAAAUCUCAUUGAGCUUGAAGAUGACAGCCACAGUGGAAAGAGAGGAAUUCCACACAGUCUGAGUGGCCUUCAAGAUCCAGUUGUGGCACGCAUGUCAAUUUGCUCGGAAGACAAGAAAAGCCCUUCAGAGAGCAGCUUAAUAGCAAGCAGUCCUGAAGAGAAUUGGCUUGCUUGCCAGAAAGUCUAUAAUCUAAACAGAACACCUAGUACAGUCACCCUAAAUAAUAACAGUGCCCCAGCCAAUCGAGCUAAUCAAAAUUUUGAAGAAAUUGAAGAUAUCAGAGAGUCUUCUCAAAUCAUCCUGCGCCCUGGCUCCAGCUCCAAUUCAACUGCAGUUCAGAAUGAGAACCUAAAAAGCGUGUCUCACAAGCGAAGCCAGCGUUCAAGUUAUACCAGGCUUUCGAAAGAUUCUUCAGAGCUCCAUGGUGUUACAGCCUCAGACGCUACAGGUUUUGGAGAAGAGAGAGAGAGUAUUCUGUGAAAGGAACAAACAACAUUAAAACAGAGCGUGUCUGUAUGUCAUAAUUUUCUUUAAAUCCCUGGUUUGUCAGUUCAUGAUCAUGCUAGACACUUUUUAUCUCUUUCAAUAGCCUCCACUAACAAACCUGGAUUUUUUUCCAGUCUUUUUUUUUUUUUUUUUGAAAGAAAAAAUAACCUACACAAUAAAAUAUUUCAUUACCCCUCCCCCUAAUUUAUACUGCUAGUAAAAAUAAUGCUCUUUUCCACAAAUGAAAGCAGUUCAUGUCUUUCUGCAUGGAAAUCAAAUUCCUUGCCAAAGAAUUUUUGGGGAAAAGAUGUUUUUAGGAUUAAGUAGGUCAGGAGUAUUUCAUAUAGAAGUAAAACAUAGACAUUAAAUGUCUGCUGCAAUGCACAAACUCACAUUUUGUUAUCCCUUCUAAAAAUUCCAAUUAAAUAGCUUACUUUUAGAAAAACAUUAUACCAUGUGUUGCCGUCUGAAUUUACAAAAGCCAGAAGACACAAUAUUAAAAUCCCUCAGGCCCUUGGUAACAUGAAAUUUCAUAUUUUUCAUUAAUUAGUUGCUCUCCAAAAAUGUGUGCAACAUAUGAAAUAGAAUAUGCUGGUUAAGUAUUAAGAUGCGUGAUUGGCAAACUGUACAUCUUUAUCACUUAAUUGGGGUUUUGUUUCUGGCAAUUUUCUUUGUGCAUUGUGCUGAUUUGUAGAGGACAUUGUCUGGAUAUAGUGUUGGAAUUAACAGAUAUUUAGUAUGUAAUGUUCUCUCCUUGAUUUAGUGAGUGCUCUAUUUAUCAUUGGUAUGUAAUUUCACAAGCGUUGCACUAAAUAGUUGUAACUCCUGUUACAUCAGGACAGUGUUUGCAAGUAUUGUCUGAAUUUAUGAAGUAUUGUUCUGUAUGCCCUUUCACUAAUAUAUUGUUUUUCACCUGGUUAUAGAAAGGAAAAAGUAAUUAGUGUUUGCCAUUUUAAAAGUAACAUUUAAAAAUCAGAAGUUCAGUGAUAAUAUAGUGUACCAACUUUCUUAUGAUAGAGUAUUAAAUAGUUUGUGUUUCAGUCCGUUAAAUAAUGUAUCUGAAUGUCAUUGUAGCAAAUACUUUGUACUUUAUGUGAAAUUUGCAUGAUUUUGGAAACUUGUUCAAUCAAAUGUACUCCAGUAGUAUAGAGGGCGUAAUAAAUAAAUUGGCAUAUUG